AUGGCUGCCAAAAGACUUGUCGUGGCCGGAGGCAGUGGCUUCCUAGGUUCCCGAAUUUGCAAAUCUGCUGCCGCGAGAGGAUGGACGGUGACCUCGUUGAGUCGCUCCGGCGAGCCACGAUGGGAAACCGUCACAGAUUCCUCUGAACGUCCCAGCUGGGCUGGCUCAAUCGAUUGGGCUAAAGCCGACAUGCUGAAGCCGGAAACCUACAAGCCGUUCCUCAAUGGUGCCUCUGCCGUUGUGCAUUCCAUGGGAAUUCUGCUCGAGGCCGAUUACAAGGGUGUUGUGCAAGGGCGUGAGCCAAUUCUUAGUGGCCUACGACGGGCGUUCAGCUCGUCAAAGCUGGGAAGCCAGGACUUGCUCUCAAGAAAGGAGGGCGAAGCUCUGGAGCCAAAGGAGCGGGAUGGUCAGUUGACUUAUGAACUCAUGAACAGAGAUACAGCUAUCGCGCUGGCCCAAGAAUCCUCGAACGAGCAUGUCCCAGCCUUUGUGUACAUAUCCGCUGCCGCGGGUGCACCGGUGCUUCCAGCCCGAUACAUUAAUACAAAGAGAGAAGCCGAAGCUACCAUCACAUCCACUCUCCCCGACCUCCGAAGCAUUUUCAUUCGUCCGGGCUUUUUGUAUGAUUCCAGUAGGAAGUUCACCCUGCCGAUCGCCCUAGGUGGCUUUGUCGCCUCUGAACUUAACACUUUCAUGGGAAGUAGGCUUGGUUUCCUCGGAGCAAUGGCGGAGAAGCCGCUCAAGGCUGAUGUCGUAGCCGAAGCCGUGGUCGAGGCAUUGGAGGAGGAAACAACAAAGGGCGUUGUCGGAACAAAGCAGAUUGAGGCGCUGGCAACGAAGGCUUGGAGAAAAGGCAUGCUGUAA